AUGGGUACUUCAGAGUUGAAACUUGAAAUCUCCAGAAGGGCUCUAGUUACUAAAUGCUUGGCUGGAGAGACAAAACUACACUGUAUUCUGGCUUUGAAGUGGAUCUGUCUGAGGUGAGAACAGAAGGGAAGGAUGGUUUCCCCAGUCCUUCUGCUACUUCUGUUUGUUCCAGCAAUCCUCUGGUAUCCUCCCCCCUCACUCUCAGAUGAGGAAAGAAUGAAUUCUUCCUCUACAGAAAUUUUAGUGUCUUCCAGACUCCUCAAUUCAAUCAGUUCCUUUGCUUUUGACUAUCUGCCUUUGUUCCUUUGCUGAACAUUCAGUUUACUUGAACAAUUCAAAAGCAUGGGAAAAAUUCGAAAACUAAACUGGACAUGAAGGAAAACAAUAAUUGAACUCGGCCUAUGUUAUGUAGAAUUCCCUUUAGACUUUUUUUUCUGCCUUUGAAAAUAAUGAUUCAUACAUAGCUGCAGUGUGUCAGAAGGGAGCAGAUUGUUGCAGUCUCUUGUGCCCCCGUGUGGCGAAGGAGAAACGGCACAGGAAAAUGGCACUCCUAAACGGUACAGAAGCUCGGAUCAUUUAUCGAACGAGCUCAAUUUAUUAGCAAGUUUGUCGGUUUCUGUACAGUUUCCAAUCCUUUAUCUACUCCACUUCAUUCUCGGGUGACCUUCUAUUGCUGCUGCAGUGAUUCACGGUUUUGUUUAAUCCUGCCGUGCAGAAAUGUGACUUUUAACCUUAAACUUCAUUUUUUUUUUUACCUAAAAACUGCAGUGCAAUAUACAGUUUCUUGCUGAUGGUUCCUCUCCAGAGAUGCACAAGGCGGGUCAUUCUUUGUCAGAAAUGAUGCACAUCAGACUUAUGCUGUCCAGGCAGAGGAGCCACCCGUCCAAAUUUCAAAUACAGAACAGCGUGGGCUUAUACCGAAUUAUUUGCUGCCAAAUGCGAAUGGAUUCUGUGCGUUUUUCUCUGGGAGUAAAUCUCCAGGAUAGAGCCACGGUUGAAAACAAACCACACAAACCCACGCAACGCUCCAGCGCAAAGCCGCAUCCUUCACAACAGCGACUCGCUCCCUCUGGGACGAGCGUGGUGCCGUGCCCCAGCCCUGGCGCUGUCCGGGAGGUGCCGCAGCCUUCCUGCUGGAAGCUCGGUGACCCCGCCGAGGCACCAGCCCCCGCCCGCUCUGCUCCUCGCCCAAUCAGUUCGCACGCUUUCCCUUGACAGACAGGUGUGGUGGCCAACGGCAACACGGUUGCCAUAGCGCCGGGAGGCGGGGCACUGCCCGGCGGCGGGAUGGCUGCUGGCGGCCCGACGGCUUCGAGGAAGGAGCCGGUCCCCACGUUCCCGGUCAGCGCUGAGCAGCGGCAGCAGCUGCGAGAGGCCUUUGACAUGUUCGACCCCGACGGCUCCGGACUGAUGGAUGUCAAGGACCUGAAGAUAAUGAUGAGAGCUCUGGGCUGUGAACUCAGGAAAGUGGAGAUGAAGAGAAUUAUCUCUGAAGUUGAUGAGAAUGGGUCAGGGAAGAUAAACUUUGAGUCAUUUCUGCGGGUGAUGACCCAGAAAAUGGUGUGUGAGCCCAGCUGGUCACAAAGACUGAAAUUCCUCUUGCCUAACUUUACAAUGCAGGCAGAGCCGUUUUCAAAAGAGGAGAUCCUGAAAGGUUUCAAGCUGUUUGACUAUGAUGGCACUGGCAAGAUCUCUCUUGAGAAACUCAAGCUGGUGGCUACUGAGGUUGAAGAAGACAUCACAGAUGAGGAGUUGCAGGAGAUGAUUGAUGAAGCAGAUGUGGAUGGAGAUGGGAAAGUGGAUCCAGAAGAGUUUUUGCGGAUUCUGACAUUGACUGACUUGUAACUACAUGAUUUUCUUUUUUUCUCCCAUUCAAUUGUAAACAACUGUUUGCAGUAUCACUUCUUUCCAACUUUUAAAUUUUUUUGUGUGUUGCCUUUCUUGGGUGUGAAAACACACUGAGUUGUUUCAUUUUUGGUGUUGAUUCUGCUCCAUCACUGCAAGCAGUUUUCUAUAUCCCAGUAAACAGUUU